ACUGAAUAUUGAGUUGUUUGUCCGUUUCGGGCUGCCGUCCUGCAGAUCCGCCAUAUUGUCUGCUGAAGCUGCAGCUGAAGCUCGCCGCUCCCGUCGCCGCCGCCGCCGCCGCCAAGUAGGAGCGAGCGGAGCCGCGAUGGAGACCAUGGCGAGCCCAGGGAAAGAUAAUUAUCGGAUGAAGAGUUAUAAGAACAAUGCCCUAAACCCUGAGGAAAUGAGACGAAGAAGAGAGGAAGAGGGCAUUCAGCUCCGGAAGCAGAAGCGGGAGCAACAACUUUUUAAACGAAGAAAUGUGGAGCUGAUUAAUGAAGAAGCCGCCAUGUUCGAUAGUCUCCUCAUGGACUCCUAUGUGAGCUCUACCAGUGGGGAGAGUGUGAUCACAAGAGAGAUGGUGGAGAUGCUCUUCUCUGAUGAUUCUGACCUGCAGUUAGCAACUACACAGAAAUUCCGGAAACUGCUCUCCAAAGAGCCUAGUCCUCCAAUAGAUGAAGUUAUCAACACUCCAGGAGUGGUGGAUCGGUUUGUGGAGUUUCUGAAGAGGAAUGAGAAUUGUACAUUACAGUUUGAAGCUGCCUGGGCUCUAACGAACAUUGCCUCUGGAACUUCUCAGCAGACCAAAAUUGUCAUUGAAGCAGGGGCUGUCCCCAUUUUUAUAGAGCUGCUUAACUCGGACUUUGAGGAUGUACAGGAACAGGCAGUCUGGGCACUGGGAAACAUAGCUGGAGACAGCUCCGUUUGCCGAGAUUACGUCUUGAACUGUUCCAUCCUUAAUCCUUUGUUAACACUCCUUACCAAGUCCACACGACUGACAAUGACACGGAAUGCAGUCUGGGCCCUGUCAAACCUCUGCCGAGGGAAGAACCCACCCCCAGAGUUUGCAAAGGUCUGUCCUUGUUUGCCUGUGCUGUCUCGCCUACUCUUCAGCAGCGACUCAGACUUGCUGGCAGAUGCCUGCUGGGCCCUUUCUUAUCUGUCUGAUGGCCCCAACGAGAAGAUCCAGGCAGUUAUAGACUCUGGAGUCUGCCGGAGAUUGGUAGAACUUCUAAUGCACAACGAUUAUAAAGUGGCUUCUCCUGCCCUGAGAGCUGUGGGUAACAUUGUCACUGGGGAUGACAUCCAGACCCAGGUCAUUCUUAACUGUUCAGCCCUCCCUUGCCUCCUCCACUUGCUGAGCAGCUCCAAGGAGUCAAUCCGGAAGGAAGCUUGCUGGACCAUUUCAAAUAUUACUGCUGGCAACAGGGCUCAAAUACAGGCUGUCAUAGAUGCAAAUAUUUUCCCUGUGUUGAUCGAAAUCCUUCAGAAAGCAGAGUUCCGUACAAGGAAAGAGGCAGCCUGGGCCAUCACCAAUGCCACGUCAGGAGGAACCCCUGAGCAGAUCAGGUACCUGGUCUCACUGGGCUGCAUCAAACCCCUGUGUGACUUGCUGACUGUGAUGGAUUCAAAGAUUGUACAAGUGGCCCUCAAUGGACUAGAAAACAUCCUGCGACUUGGAGAGCAAGAGGGCAAGCGCAGUGGCUCAGGGGUCAAUCCCUACUGUGGCCUCAUCGAGGAAGCCUACGGCUUGGAUAAAAUUGAGUUUCUCCAGAGCCAUGAGAACCAGGAGAUCUACCAGAAGGCCUUCGACCUCAUUGAGCACUACUUUGGUGUAGAAGAUGAUGAUAGCAGCCUGGCUCCCCAAGUGGAUGAAACGCAACAGCAGUUCAUCUUCCAGCAGCCUGAGGCCCCCAUGGAGGGCUUCCAGCUAUAAUGUCUGCCUCCGGGGAGGGGAGGGAAUGGGAAGCACCACCAACCAGUGGAAAAGCAGCCCUCUGGUGGGCGGGAAACCAGCCCCCCCACCAUUAGCCACCACACACCUCUGCUGCUCUGGAAACUGUGCUCUUGACCUGCUCCGCCCCCUUCCCUGGAGGGAGCACCCUCUGGACAGACAAAACCAUCUGAGGCUCACAUUUGGGUUUUGUGACAAGAAGGGGACGUGUUGGGUUUUUCUUCCUUAUGCUAUAUUUUGGCUGCACAUAUGUCUUUAACCCAGGAGCCCAGGGGUAGACAAAGGAGGACUGAGGUAAUCAAUUUUGCACCUUUUUUUUAUUUUUAUUUUUUUCUUUAGUGGUGACUUCCUUGCCUUUUAUCUUCCUUCAUCCUUCCCAGUCCUCUGCCCUGAUCUGUGUAACUCUUCUCUUGGGUACUUGAGCAGAUGGAAUAUUCCAGAGGUGGGGGUGGGGGUGGGGAGGGGAGAUAUCCAAAACAAAGUGUUCUUGCUCUGACAGAAUAUUAAUCUUGUAUGCUUGGAUUGAGUUAUUUAAUUUUUUUUCUUUUGCACAUUUUUCUUGUAUUAAGAUUGCUCUUUCCAAGAGCCAUGAGUUCCUGGUUUUAGGAAUCCCAGCUGCCAGCAUUGUCUGGGACUAGAGGCUGAGGGGGGGUCACCAUGAGACAAAGACCCCCUUCUUCCCUCUAACCCCUUUCCCAGACCUCUUUAGUUUGGGAGAUCCCCCUCACUCUCCUGGGGCGAGGACACCAGUGGGAGUGGAGGGGAGGAGCACAGGCCUUCAGAUAGGGCUUCCCAUGUGUCGCUACUGAUCCCAUGUUUCCUACCCACCUUCCAAUGGUGCGACCCAACUUCAUUUGUUUACUUGAAAUUUCCCCUCGGAGUUGAAUAAACCUCUGAGGUAGCUGUAUUUUCUCCUAAGCAUGAGACAGGGGGCUGUGGUCCUUCCUUUCUCCUGAGGAGAAAGUCCUUGCUCUAGUGACCCAUAAGUUGCAGAGGAGGUUGGAGUGAGAGUGUCAUGUAUUGGGAUAGCCAGGGAUCCCUGCCUUUGGCCUUUCUUCUUCCUCUUCCAUAGUUGGAUCAUGUAUAUUUUACUUCCAAAGGAGAGAAUGUCAAAAAGUUCUGUAUUUUUUUAUAUUCUAUAUAUUAGGUAGGUCAAUCUUAAUUGGUCUCAAGAGGAAGAACUGUCUGUAAUUUCUCUAAGUAGGAUACUGUGAGGAAGACCAAAAAGACAUGUGGAAGCUCCCUCACUCAGGAAGCCUGAAUGUGGUCCUUUUCCUCUCUGCUUGGGUUCUGUGCCACCACCUGGGACCAACCCUUAGCUCUGGAACCUUUAUAUAGCAGGUCAGCCUGGUCUCAUUGUCCUAGUACCUGGAGGGAGCAAGGAUGGCCCCAGGGCCUGGUGAAGUCUACCACUCUAGUCCUUACUGCUGAGCAUCCUGCUUAGAUCAGGAAACCCACAAAGUAGUCUGGCUUCUCAGAUUCAGUCUCAAAGGCCCUUGUCCACAUACUUUAUCACUUAUGGCUGCCUCUCCUAUUAUCACAGAAACUUAGCAGCCUCGGGACUUUUGUGGGAGUUAUUGAUAUCUUUCCUGUUUGGAUUCCUUGUAUCUGGUUGGGGUUUUGCCCUUCUUUGUGACAAUUAUAAUCCUAAUGCCUUUUCUUUUCUCUUUGAGUAAAGCUAGUGCAGUGCCUCAGUGGCUUGCCUAUGCUUUAGUGGAUUACCUGUGAUAGUCAAACCCAGUUGUUGGGGAUAGGGGUGGAGGAAGUAGUUGGCUAAGUAUAGACCAGCUGUGGAGCUGAAGGCACAAUCUUCCCUGCCCCUGCUUCCCCACUGUGCUUGGUCAGAGGUGCCCUGCUCCAAGCUGUAUCUUCCCUUCCCCAGAAACAAUGCCAUUCUUGCUCCUAUUCCUGUGCAUCCCCUCUGGCUCAGGUGAAAUCCAUGCCCCUCUCAUUACAGAUCUAAGUUCAGGUGCUCAUUGUCGGCCAUUGGUCUUGAAUUUGCCCUCUCUUUCUAGUGUCAAGAUCCAACUCCAGAGCCAUUUUCUGAGAAAGGUUGUUUGGGGCUAGUGGUUAUCACUAAAAAGUCACACCAAUGCUGUACCACCUUAGUGAGUCACAUGCUACUCUUCAGCUUGGGAUUGGUGACUGCCAACCCCCAAUCCCACAGGUAGGCAAGGGGCAGGACCUUUUUCACUUGGCCUGCUGACUUCAUUACAAAACUGUUCUCUUCCAGUU